GAAGGACAAGGAGGCCAGUGUUACUGGAUCGGAGUGAGGGGAGGGGAGCGUAUGAAGACGUGAAAUGGGAGAAGUGACAGGGGACCCGAUCGUGGAAGGACUAGGCGCCCUGGUGAAGGACUUCGGAUUUUAUUUGGAGAGUGAUGAGAGGACAUUGGAAGGUGGAAAGCAGGAAGUGGCAUUUGAUUUAUAGUUUAGAAGGAAGACUGGCUGUUCUGUGGAGGAGGGACUGGGGGGCAUGGAAGCAGGGAUUCUUGUUAAAAUGCUACGUGAUGCCCAGGGAGGAGAUGGAGAGUUAACUCAAAUCCCAUUCAGCAGAAAUUUUACAGCAGAGAAAGGUGGAAAUAAACUGUUGGGAAAAGAGGAGCUAUUAGUAAUGUAGACUUGGACACGACUGCGGGGCUCUUGAAGUGGAUGUCACAGUGAUUGAGAGCCCACAAGCUUGGAUCUCGUCCGUGAUUCUGUCACAUACUCAUGUCUCCCUCUGCUGGCCAAACUUGAUUUUACAAGGUAAAUCCCAAUCCUGAAUUACUUGCACCUGAAAAUUGGUAGGCCCCAGGAUCACUAAAGAGCUAACUCUGUCUUCCUGGUGUAAUCGCACCCUGACUGUUGCUGGGACCAUACUGGAAGAAGAGGCUGUUGUAGAAAUCCCCUGGGAAAAAAGAACUGUCAUUGUCAAAGUAAAAACAGUGAAGGAAGCUUCUUACUUCUGCCAAGCCAAAGAUGAGCCUGGACUCCAGUGAAACUGUCAUUCAAACCAGGACUCAGAAGCAACUGUUCUGCCCUCGCCAUGAAAACUAAGACUGGAGCAAGGUAAGUGACUGCCCAGAGUCACAUAGUUGGAUGGAGGUCCGAACUGGAACUGGAAUCCAAGUUUUGUUUUAUGCAAAUUAUGUGUCUCUUUCUGCUAUGGAAAAGACAUUGGUCAGUGAAGGUUUCACAGAGGAGGUCCUUAAACUGUCCAAGUGGCAGGGCACCAAGUACAGAAGGGUGACAGGGUCCUCUGGGCAAAGGCACAAAGAUGCAAUGCAGCACAGCCAGUUAAGGAAACAAAACAUGGUUUCUAGAAUGUGAGCUCCUGGAGGGCAGGAAGGUCCAGCUCCUAGAAUGGCGCCUGGGGUUUAGCAAGCGUAGUGUGAAGGAAUGAGUGUCUGUAACAGACUCUCCGUAGGAGAGUAGCUGGAGGAGAGGCCGGAAGUUAGGGAAGAAGAUGGAGAGCCUUUUCUACAAUAUAGAAGGCUGAUGGAGAUGGAGGGGUGCUUGUGCGGACAGGAGGUGAGGAGAAAGUCAGCUGGAAGGUGGUUCCAGGAGAAGAGAAGAGGAAGGCAGAAAUACACCAGAGUAGGGAGAGGAGAGGACUAGGAAUUAGGGUACCUGGAGACACCCCGAAGGGGAGGGGUGGCAUGUACCUGUCUGCAGACACAGAGGCGGGAGCAUUGGAGAGACGGAGGACGGUGGCUGUGAAGGAAACAAGUGCGGAUAGCCCACCAGGCGGAGGCUGAAGCAUCAACAGCAGCGCUGUCUGCAAUGAAUGAUCCCCCAGCUGAGGGGGAGGACUCUAGCCAGGCUCCUCUGCCCCAGCAUGGGGCGGGCUCCCGGCACUGCCGUUCAGCCGGCGCGGCUCCCGCGGCUGUCCGGCGAUUCUGCUUAAUUCUGCUUACCAGCCGGUGCAGCGGUGCAGCGAGGACCAGAGGGCGGAGGAGGCCUGGACUGCAGCGGUGGGCCACCUCCCAGCAUCCCCACCCUAGGAGGCUGCAUGCGGAUUGAAGAGUGGCGCCUGGGGGCUGGGCUGGCUCCGCUGAUUCCUACCUAGGGAGGACCGCAGGACUGCCCAGGCUCCGGAGGGGGCCGUGGGGCAGGAAGGACAGGAGCAAGAUGGCCAGUAAAACCAAGGCCAGCGAGGCCCUGAAGGUGGUGGCCCGGUGCCGCCCCCUCAGCCGGAAGGAGGAGGCUGCUGGUCACGAGCAAAUCCUGACCAUGGACGUGAAACUGGGCCAAGUGACCCUGCGGAACCCCCGCGCUGCCUUGGGGGAGCUGCCCAAGACCUUCACCUUUGAUGCCGUGUAUGAUGCCAGCUCCAAGCAGGCAGACUUGUAUGAUGAAACCGUGAGGCCCCUGGUAGACUCGGUGCUUCAGGGUUUCAAUGGCACAGUGUUUGCCUAUGGCCAGACGGGCACUGGCAAGACCUACACCAUGCAAGGGACCUGGGUGGAGCCCGAGCUGCGUGGGGUCAUCCCUAAUGCCUUUGAGCACAUCUUCACCCACAUCUCUCGCUCCCAGAACCAGCAGUACCUGGUCCGGGCCUCCUACCUGGAGAUCUACCAGGAGGAGAUUCGAGACCUGCUCUCCAAGGAGCCCGGCAAGAGGCUGGAGCUGAAGGAAAACCCAGAGACAGGCGUCUACAUCAAGGACCUCUCCUCCUUUGUCACCAAGAAUGUCAAGGAGAUUGAGCAUGUGAUGAACCUGGGGAACCAGACCCGGGCAGUGGGCAGCACACACAUGAAUGAGGUCAGCUCCCGCUCCCAUGCCAUCUUCGUCAUCACUGUGGAGUGCAGUGAGCGUGGCUCGGAUGGCCAGGACCACAUCCGUGUGGGCAAGCUCAACCUGGUGGACCUGGCUGGUAGCGAGAGGCAGAAUAAGGCGAGCCCCAACACAGCCGGAGGGGCUGCCACACAGUCCGCAGGUAGUGGCGGUGGUGGUGGUGGAGAGAGGCCUAAGGAAGCCUCCAAAAUCAACCUCUCGCUGUCUGCCCUGGGUAAUGUGAUCGCUGCUCUGGCAGGCAGCAGAAGCACCCAUAUCCCCUACCGGGACUCCAAGCUGACCCGGCUGCUCCAGGACUCUCUCGGGGGGAAUGCCAAGACCAUUAUGGUGGCCACGCUGGGGCCGGCUUCUCACAGCUACGAUGAGAGCCUCUCUACCUUGCGCUUCGCCAACCGGGCCAAAAACAUCAAGAACAAGCCCCGGGUGAACGAGGACCCUAAAGACACACUGCUGCGGGAAUUCCAGGAGGAGAUUGCCCGCCUGAAGGCCCAGCUGGAGAAGAAGGGGAUGCUGGGGAAGCGGCUCCGGAGGAAGAGCAGCCGCCGGAAGAAGGCCGUGUCAGCCCCCGCCGGGUACCCUGAGGGGCCAGUGAUCGAGGCCUGGGUGGCUGAAGAAGAGGAUGACAACAACAACAACCUCCGUCCACCCCAGCCCAUCCUGGAGUCGGCCUUGGACAAGAACAUGGAGAAUUACCUGCAGGAGCAGAAGGAGCGGCUGGAGGAGGAGAAGGCAGCCAUCCAGGAUGACCGCAGUCUGGUGAGCGAGGAGAAGCAGAAGCUGCUGGAGGAGAAGGAGAAGAUGCUGGAAGAUCUGCGGCGCGAGCAGCAGGCCACAGAGCUGCUUGCAGCCAAGUACAAGGCCAUGGAGAGCAAGCUGCUCAUCGGGGGCAGAAACAUCAUGGAUCACACCAACGAGCAGCAGAAGAUGUUGGAACUGAAGAGGCAGGAGAUUGCUGAGCAGAAACGCCGUGAGCGGGAGAUGCAGCAGGAGAUGAUGCUCCGAGACGAGGAGACCAUGGAGCUCCGGGGCACCUACACGUCCCUGCAGCAGGAGGUGGAGGUCAAAACCAAGAAACUCAAGAAGCUCUACGCCAAGCUGCAGGCGGUGAAGGCGGAGAUCCAGGACCAGCACGACGAGUACAUCCGCGUGCGGCAGGACCUGGAGGAGGCGCAGAAUGAGCAGACCCGGGAACUCAAGCUCAAGUACCUAAUUAUCGAGAACUUCAUCCCCCCUGAGGAGAAGAACAAGAUCAUGAACCGGCUUUUCCUGGACUGCGAGGAGGAGCAGUGGAAGUUCCAGCCACUUGCGCCGGCCGGAGUCAAUAACAGCCAGAUGAAGAAGCGGCCCACGUCCGCGGUGGGCUACAAGAGGCCUAUCAGCCAGUAUGCUCGGGUUGCCAUGGCAAUGGGGUCCCACCCCAGGUACAGGGCCGAAAACAUAAUGUUCCUGGAGUUGGAUGUGUCCCCUCCAGCUGUCUUCGAAAUGGAAUUCUCUCACGACCAAGAGCAAGAUCCCCGUGCUCUGCACAUGGAGAGGCUCAUGCGGUUGGACAGCUUUCUGGAAAGACCUUCCACCUCCAAAGUCCGGAAGUCCCGCUCCUGGUGCCAGAGUCCUCAGCGGCCUCCACCCUCCACCGCACAUGCCUCACUGGCCUCCGCUGCUCUGCGCCCUGCGACAGUGCUAGACCACGAGUGACAACCUUCAGCCCUGCGGCCGGUCUGGCCGACUCCCGGGACCGGGCAGCCAGCCCCGAUCAUCUCAUCUGCCGCUUGGUGUGUGUGUGUGUGUGUGUGCAUGUGCGUGUUCGUGUGUGCGUGAGGGGGUGAGAGCUGGCAGACCGUGCCUCUGCCGGCUCUUCUUAGCCUCCGUUAUUUAAUUAAUGUUAUUUAUUCGUGGAGCUCAGUUAGUGUGGGGGGGAGGCCCUCGGCUGAGCCUGCCGUGUCACUGCAUAGCCUCCUUUUCCGCUGACUGUGGAUCCCGGGUCAGACUUCCAGCUCCUCGCUGUCAGCUGUUCCCAGAAAGGGGGGUGGCCGGUGCCUGCGAACAGAGGACUUUUUCUACCCGUCCCCACAACCUCCGUCUCCUCCUGUGCUGACGGGAGCAGCUCCUAAGCACUUUCUGGGACUGGCGCAAUGCUGGUCAGGAGAUGUCCCGAGGACGGGAGAUGUCCUGACAGUGCUCCCAGCCCUUUCCGCGCCUCAGGCAACCCUGGUCGGCUUCUCGGGCUCCUUUUCAAGGACUUAAACGACCUCGCCCCCACGGCCCCUCUUCAGCUUUGCCGAGAAUCCAUGGCUUCCGACCUCUGCUCUCUGCCCACUUUCCCAAGCCUGGGGUGGGACCUGUGAACUGACCGGUGGCCGCCUCCUCGGACCCGCAGGAAAUGGAAGUCCUGAGACGCGAACAGUCAUCAGGGGAAGUCCCUCCUCCGGUGUCCCCUGUUCUGUCCCCCUCCGAGAAGUAACUGUGGUCCGCAAGUGGUCAGGCCUACUCCUUGUGUCUGAGAUGCUGCUCCUUCCUGCUUCCAACGUCUUCCCCGCCGCUGCCAGGAUCCCAGUUCAUAGUGGGAGGGAACCGACGUCCUUGUGCCCCUGGCUCAGCAAAGGUAUCGAUCGGAACCUGUUGCUUCCCCCUCAUGCAGCACAGGAGACGGAGACCCAGGCACAGUCGGCCAGCGUUACCGAUUCCCCCUGUUUCUGAAUCGCAUUUGUUGGGCAGUUUUGUUGGAAACUAACCCCUUCUUCAGCAUUGUGCAAACUGGUCCCUAGGGAAGUACUCUUCAUCUCCCUUUGUGACAUCCCAAGAUGUCUCUAGGUAUCUUAAGUGAUAAGUAAAUUUCUACCAAAAAAAAAGAAAAGAGAUUAAUUUUCAUUGACUUACUUUUUCAGUGUGCAUUUUGGUGGAGGGGUGAAAAAGCAAUCAUCAGAGAAAACCAGUGGGUCAGGAUUUUAACGUGCCCUCAUAGCGGGAGUCUCCGGUUCCUAGGAUAUGCAGAAGUUGGUCACUGGGAUAAAAGCAUAAAACUGAGUGCUUUGCCUGAAAUUUGAUGUUGGGGGGAGGGCGAUUAUCUGGUUAUUCUCUUUCCAUCAAGAAAUUAACCCUUUUACACCUUUCCAGUUCUGCUCUGAGGACCAAGCUAUGGUUGGGCUUACAUCGAUGAUGCUGUUGUUUCUGCUGUAAUUGCUGGGCUAGAUGGUGGGGCAGCUCAGUUGCCAGUUGCUGCUGUCCAUCAAGGAAAUCACAUUUUCUGUCAGAGCCCCAGGGAUUAUUUGAGACUCAGAAUUCAGAUACUAGAUCCUGCUGAGGCUGGGACGUCAUGUGUAGAAAUGCCCCAGGUGUCCUGGGGACGUCCAGGCCUGCCUUGAGCAGCGUCUCCCAGUGACUUCUUUCACGUUUGUGGAUGAAAUAGCACGUGUCACCCCCCUUCACCACUUGGACACAUUGACUCUGCAUUGUCUGGUUGCGUGACCCUCACAGUCUUAUAGCACAAGCCACCCAACAUCACCACCCCUGGUCUGAGGGCUGGGCCCGAGGUGUGGUCAGAGGAGGAGCUCCCGCCUGCGGUUUCGUGUAUGUGUGUAUGUAUGUGCGUGUCUGUGUGUUUAACUCCACAGGGGACACUCUAUACUCAGCAUAAGAUAUGCUGGGAACAGGGCCACCGGGGUGGCUGGAUCUCAGUCUCUCUGUUUCUCUCUCUCUCUUCUUUUCCUUUUGAUGUAGCAGACAUUUGGUUAACAAAGUAAGGGCCUUGAUUGGAACAAAUUUCCACGUCUGUUGCUAUGGUCUUUAUUUAGGACAACAGCUAACAAUGCAGUGACCCGUAUAUUACAUAUGUAAUAUAUAAAUAUAUAUAUGUAAAACAUUGCCCCCUGUCUUCUUGGCUUAGGAUGAGGCCUGUCUGUUGAGCUGAAGUGCACCUGCAGCUCCGUGCAGCCAGCAGCCUGCAGGCCCCAGCCCUGUUCAGAUCAACACAGUCGAUAAUAAAGGAAUGAGUAUCGUUA